AUGGCGAUCAAGCUUAAGCUGACAAUUGAGCGCUUCAUCUGGAUUAGCAACGAGGAAUACGAACCCUCCUACCGAACACCCUCGUCAUACAAUCCCCUUCACACCUUCCGGCUGCCUAUGGGAAGUGAACGACACUACCAGCAGCAAUAUGGUGACAUGUACUUCUUGCGCCUCGCGAAACUGAAGCCGGCUGUCGAACAAGUUGCUGCGGCGGCUUGGGAUGGAUUCAGCAUUGCAGGCGAGAAUGCGCGGCGCGUAGACCGAGUACUCGAUGUGCGACAGGGUGAGCUGUGCUGGGUAGCCGGCACGAUCUACAUGGAUAUGCCUUUGAAGCCUAACAUUCUGGACGACUUGACUAAAGAGAACUUCACAACCGCACCUCCUCCGCGCCGCACGUACGUCGAUCCUUCGAACCCAUCUGCUACCGUGGUCAUGAUGGAGGACGAAUCAGGUCGCCUCCGCCUGACUGGUGCAAUGCUCACAUCCGUACAGCUGGCCACGGGUGCUAUCGUCGCGGCUUUGGGAACCGAGAACUCGGAUGGUGAGUUCGAGGUGCUCGACAUUAAAGUUCCGGAUCUACCCCCGCAGCCUCAAAGGUGGGAGAGAGAGGGAGCAGACACGAAACAAAAUGGAGCGGAUGCGUCUUCAAAGGAAGGCGGCAAGAUUGCGUUCGUCAGUGGACUGGGCAUCACCGGGACAUCGGGUGACACAGUCGCACUGGAACUGCUCACAGAUUAUCUUCUGGGAUACACCGGCUUCUCAGAAAGCGAAGAAAACAGCCCUUCUACGAAUGCAUCCAAGAUCACUCGUCUCAUCAUCGCGGGUAACUCUCUCGGAGCCAGCAUCAACACAGAAGCAGCGUCGGCGGGCUCUGACGCUGCCGGAAAGAAGAAGCUUGCACCGAAGAAGUACGGCUACGAUGCCUCAGCAUACAAUGCAUCUCCCAUCACAACACUCGACAACUUCCUUGCGGAAAUCCUUCCCAGUAUUCCCGUGACACUCAUGCCAGGUGACAAAGACCCAGCAAACUUUUCUCUUCCCCAGCAAGGCAUUCACCGCGCCAUGUUCCCGCAGUCUCGCGCAUACUGUGCGCCUCCGCCAUCCGGCGAUGAUAAGCAAGAGCCGGGCUGGUUUGACAGUGUCACUAAUCCAUGGGAGGGCGACGUGGAAGGGUGGCGUGUGUGGGGUUGCAGUGGCCAAAACGUCGACGAUGUGCUCCGGUACUUGGAUUUCCCUGGUGAAGACAGCAGCCUUGUCACAAAAAGAGAUGACUCGGGGGCUCGGCUACAGAUCAUGGAAGCCAUGCUGCGAUGGCGGUGCGGCGUCCCCACUGCCCCUGAUACGAUCUGGUCAUACCCCUUUCAAAUAGUUGACCCAUUUGUACUUGAAUCCUGUCCGCAUAUCUUCUUCGCUGGCAACCAACCCAGCUUCAAAACCACUGUGAUUGAGAGCGAGAUUCCUCUCCGCCUUGAUGGAGGUGAUACCGAGAUGACCGAUAGCCCUGGUAGUACGGCGGCUCGUGUACGUCUGGUAUCAAUUCCCAAGUUUAUGGAAACCGGAGAAUUGGUUCUUGUCGACACCGAGACUCUUGAUGUUGAGGUGAUACGAUUUGACUACAUUCUCGAGCUCCUUUCAGAAAUUGUCGAGGGCUAUGUUCGUGAAAUGAACAUCAAGUCCCUGUUUUGGCUAUUCGUCACUAUGCUUCUCAACGCCGAGACCGCCAUCUCAACCUCCAAAGUCCUCCUAGUCCCCUACUCAACAUGGCACGUCCCACGCUACCACGAAUGGAUGCAAGACGAGGAAAUUCAAGAAGCGACAGCCUCAGAGCCCCUCUCCAUUGAAGAAGAAUACUCCAUGCAACGUAGCUGGCGCCUCGAUGCAGACAAACUAACCUUCAUCGCCUGCCAACCCAUAUCCACAGCCCAACUCAAUAUUGAAAGCGACUCUCCUUCCAACAUGAUCGGAGAUAUCAAUCUCUUCCUCCGCAUCGACGACGGUGCAGACGGUCUCUCGCCGCCUGAAAUCGUCGGCGAGAUCGAGCUUAUGAUCGCCGAGAAGAGCAACCAGCGUCGUGGGUUUGGAAAAGCCGCGCUGUUGGCAUUUAUGAAGUACAUUGCCGAGCGGCAAGAGUUGAUCUGUGAGGAGUUUGUGGGGAGUCUUGACAUUGGAAAGGAGAAUGAGAGGAGCCUGAGGCUGUUUGAGGGACUUGGAUUUGUGAAAAUUGAAAAGGAGCCGAAUUUCUUCGGCGAGUUCGAGUUGAGGAGAGCGCAUUUGGGGGUGGAGGAGGCUAUGAAAGAGGCGGGGGUUGAGGGAUAUAAAGAAGUUGCUUAUGAGCGGAAGGAAUAA